AUGGACAGCGAGUGCCUGGUGUUGUUGCCUCAGGUGUGCGCUGUACUAGCGGACCCCAGACAGUCCCUACCAGAUGACACCAGCCUCGAGAAACUGCUGGACUGGUUCACUGGUCUCACCAAGGAGGACAUUAGUUAUCUCUUCAUCCCAUCUCAGGAUCGAUCCAUCCUGGGCGUGGCCUACGACAGCGAGCGAUGGCAGGUGGCUGGCCAAUGGGAGGAUCCGAGCGUGCGGAUUGGCUGGAUCCAUGGCCUGAGUAACAUGAUGCGCCACACACAGGCCUUCCACUUCCUGGAUCAGGCUGGCCUGACCAAACCCCUCCUCCAGCUACAGACUGACCCCAGCCUAUUCGUCGCCUCGGCCGCAAAUCACCUCCUGGCCCGCCUCCUAACCUUCCACCAGCCGGCUACAACCUCACACACAACCCAGGGGAAUGGCCUCACUGUUCCACCCAAUAAGGAAGAGGUAGAAUUGGACGUAACCAUGGAGACAAGUCCAGGAAGCGGGUGUUCCAUCACCAUGGAGAUCUUGAAGCACCUGGAGAGCUCUCUGGAGUCAGACAGCCACACCCAGGUGCUCCAGGGGCUGAGGCUGCUGGCCCUGACUCUCCCCGAGCUGGAGGCUCCUCUGCGGGGCUCGGUGAUCAGGCGAGUCCUGAGGUCUCUGGAGGGGUUGGUCCGAGAAGGAGCAGUGGCUCAGCCUCUAAUGGACGUCCUGCUGGCUACAUACAGGUCCGGUCCGUGUGACUCCAGACUCUUCUCUCUGAUGGCGUCCAUGUUGAACUCCCAGAAUCCUCUGACGCUGCUCUGUGUGCCGCCGCCUCACCUCCAUCCGGGAGACCUGCGGGAAGACUGA